AUGAAAAGCUAUCGAUGCAGCUACCGCAAUUGCAAGCAAACAUAUACAAAUCAAUAUAACUUAAGAAGGCAUAUAUCAAUAAAUCACCACAAAGUGCGAUUUACAUGCAAGACUUGCCAGAAAAAACUCUGUUCAGCUCAAGCAUUAAGAGAUCAUGCCCAUUGCCAUACUGGAGAGAAGCCUUAUGCCUGCAAGUUUCCUGGAUGCACUAAGAGAUACAGACAAGGAAGCCAAUUAUCUUAUCACAAGAAAAAACAUGCAAGACAGCUCAGUGAAAAAGUUGAAGUUUUUGCAGAAUUAAAAGUAACCAAUAUUUAGCUAACUUUUCUGCUCAGGCAUGAAUCAAAAGAGAUAUAUGAGGCACCCAAAGGUCCUUACUCAGUAAAUCAUGCUGUUUUACCACCACUAAGACCAAAUUCAAACUUAAAAAGCCUAAAGUUCUAA